AUGCCGAAGGUCGAGGAGAUCGUGGAGGACGAGGCGAAGGUCGAGGACGAGGGGGACGACGACGAGGAAGACUCGGACGACGAGGUCCCCAACCUGGAGGGAGCGGACGGGGCGGGGGGCGAGCGCGGCAAGCAGAACAGGGCGGAGAAGAAGAGCCGCAAGGCCGUGUCGAAGCUCGGAAUGAAGCCGCUCGAGGGCAUCGUCCGCGUCACGGUCAAGAAGUCGAAGAACAUCCUCUUCGUCAUCUCCAAGCCGGACGUCCACAAGGCGGCGAACUCGGACACCUACGUGAUCUUCGGCGAGGCCAAGAUCGAGGACCUCACCGCGCAGCAGCAGGCCUCCGCCGCGCAGCAGUUUGCCCGGGGUGUGCCGGAGGCCGCGGCCGUGGCGGCCGCAGGAGGGGGCGAUGCCAAGGCCGACGAGGCCGAGGAGGGCGAGGUUGACGACAGCGGCAUCGAGCCGAAGGACAUCGAGCUGGUCAUGUCGCAGGUCCAGUGCUCCAGGGCGAAGGCGGUGACCGCACUGAAGGCCAACAACAACGACAUCGUCGAGGCGAUCAUGCAGCUCUCCUCCAGCUGA